CCCACUCCCCUUGUCCCAUUCGUCGCCUUCCCGCGCUGCUGCUCGGUCCCCGCCCCUGUGGCGGGGUGCGGAAACGUCCGGGGCGCAGUCGGGCUGCGGCGGCCGCGGCGAGUGGAGCUCCGGGGCUGUCAUGGCCGCGGGGGCAGCAGGGGCUGUCACGGCCGAGCCGCCGCCGCGGCUGGGCCGCCUACCCGGAGGAGCCGGCACUGAGCGCGCCCUGGAAGAAGCAGAAGCCUCCGGCACCCUCAGUCUGGCCGGCCGGAGGCUGCGCGCUUUCCCCGCGGCGGCGGCGCGGCGCUGGGACCUCAGUGACACCACAGAGGCCGACCUGUCCCGGAACCGUUUCGGGGAGGUGCCAGAGGCAGCUUGCCGCCUGGUCUCGCUGGAGGGGCUCAGCCUGUACCACAACUGCCUGCGCAGCGUCCCCCCCGCCAUCGCCAACCUCCAGGCCCUGGCGCACCUGGACCUCAGCCGCAACCAGCUGAGCUCUCUGCCCGCCUGCCUCUGCCUCCUUCCCCUGCGCGUCCUCAACGCCAGCAACAACCGCCUGACCCAGCUGCCUCCGAACCUCGGCGCCCUGCGCACGCUGCGGCAGCUGGACGUCGGGUGUAACCGGCUGCGGGCGCUGCCGCCGGGGCUGGGGCAGCUGCGGGCGUUGCGGGACCUCAGCGUGCGGCGGAACCAGCUGCCGGCGCUUCCCGAGGAGCUCUCGGAAUUGCCCCUGGUCCGGCUGGAUUUCUCCUGCAACCGGGUGGUCGCGAUUCCUCGCUGCUUCCGGCGGCUCCGGCACCUCCAAAUCCUGGUGGCGGACAACAACCCCCUCCAGUUCCCUCCCGCCCAGAUCUGCCUGAAGGGCAAACUCCAUAUCUUCAAGUACCUGGAAGCCGAGGCUGCUGCCCAUCCUCCCCCAGCAUGCCCCCCGGACGAACCGUGUCCCCUCCGGCAGCGGGGGGGGUUGGACUCCGGCUUCCACAGCGUCGACAGCGGCAGCAAGCGCUGGUCAGGGAACGAGUCCACAGAUGAGUGUUCGGAGCCAUCCCGGCAGCACAGGGAGACCCGCAGUGUGGCAGCUGGUGAUAGUGACCUGGAGCAGCUGGAGAAGGAGCCCUCAUUAGAGCAGCAGCAGAGCCGGACCCUGAGAGGUGACACCCCUGAGGGUUCCAGGGUGGUCUUUAAUUCGUGGCGACGCCCCAAGAACUUGCAGGUGUGGAUGGAGAGAGAGAGGGAGAGGAGCUGGGACAGGACACCCCUGCAGGGACCCCCCCAGACCACAGUGAUGCUGGACCCCGAUGGAGUCCCUGGCCCCCCCUCCACCCCCCCAGAACCCAGUGCCUGUCUCAGCCCCUCCUCUUCCUGCAGUGCCACCAAACCAGCCCCCCCAGACCCCGAGCAGCGGGAGCUGAUUGCUGAGAUGCGCCAGAGCCUUGAGGCACUGCUGCAGCUGCGGCUCCCGGAUGAGUUGGGGGACUUGGAGCUGCUGGGUCGUGUGGCUGCCAGGCUGCGCCCCUGGGCUAGCCCCCCAGGCACGCGCCGGACACCGCAGCCGCUCCCCUGCCGCCGCUCAGAGGUCCCUGAGGUGAAGCCCCCCCACCCCCAGCGCACCCCACCCGGGCUGCUCUUCGCCCUCUUCUAUGGCCUCCUCAUGGCGCUGCUCGUCGCUGCCCACCGUGCGCUCUUUGGCUGCUGAGGGACACACAAAACCCCCGGGGGAAGCCCCCCAACCCUGGGGGAACCCCCAAACACCCCCGGGGGGGGUCCCACCUCUGCACCUUUCCUUUCCCCCUCUUUUCUUGUGCCUUAAUGCUGGGGAAACUGAGGCAGGGAAGGGGGAAGAUGCUGAAACCCCUUUUGCCCCCCCCCCCGGGGGGGUGACUUUAAUUAUUCAUAUUGUAAUUAAUUAUGUUAUUAAUUUUAAUUUUAUUAUUAUGAGUUGUCGCUAUUAUAAUGAGUUAUUAUAAAGGGCUGUGAGCAUAAUAAGUUAAAAAUUAUGGUCAAUUGUAAAUUAAUUAUGAUGAAAGAAUGUAAAAAUAAGGAUGGCCAAAAUUUAUUGUAAUUAAUUAUUAUUAAAGAUAUUAUAUUUAACUAUUA